UCGUCAUCGGCUGCUUCUCCUUCAUUGCAUGUGGACCCUGAGACCCUGGAUCCUCAGCUCCUGCCGAAAUACUAGCAAACAAACUUGAUGAUCCAUCUUUCUCGGUGUUUGCGACUGUUAUAGUAAGCCUGUAGUCACAUUGCUGCUUUCACCAUGGCAAACCUUCCUGGGUUCACUACCAAUUUUCCUGCUGGAUAUCCAACAAUCCCACGCGCUUCAAAUUUUACCGGCGGUGCACGCAACACAUCCUCGACUGGUUCCCCGUCAGGUCAGAAUCAGUCUACUGCGCCGCAAUUCGAUAUUUUCGACUGGCAUCCCGCGUACCAGAGCUGCCAGCGCUACUUCCUCGAUCAUGCCCAGCACGACAACACUGUCCAGGUCGUGGCUGCUCUGAUCAACAUCUGUCUCCCAUUCCAAUGGACACCUUACCCUCUCAUGAGUUCGUCAGGCCCACUACCACAUUCAUCUGGCCCUGCAGCAUACACACAGCCAUGGCCUCGACAAGGACCUAUUCUCAACUCGAAAGGUCAGCCAACGCCGGUAUGGGUGUCACUAAUUCCAUUCAUCAGACGCCUAGUUAUCACAGGAAUGGAUCAGGCGGCCGUCAUGCAUGGGUUCUUCGGCGAUGAUUGGAAGAAAGGAGUGGGUCCAGUGCAUGAGUGCGAAAGGCGAAACUACCUUUUCGCAGCCAAGAGCGUGGGAUGGGCAAAAGUCAAAUGCCAGUAUGACAUGUCUCCGCACGAAUCAGUCCCGUUCAUGAAGCCUCUACAAGACGUUCAGCUGGCGGAAAUCGAGGGUGCCGAAAAGACCUGGAGUCAGUGGCUGGCGAUGGAAGAUUGGAUGGUGGGACCGCGGGCACCUGAUGCCGAUGAUCGAUUCCCAGAUGCUCGGCGCCGCGAAUCUUGAGAGUCAAAUUUACGGGUUGGCGUUGCAUGGUGUAUCGGAACUGUCAGGGUUGACAGCUUUGCCUUGGGCGGGAAGAGGCGCCUGCCACCUGGGGCGGAAGGAGUUGCAGGGGGCCGGGGUUUAGCGAUGAUGCAUUGCUUGGUCAGGCUGCAUAGUGACCACCUGUAUGUUGCUGUUUGAGUCGAUUUUCCUUUCGGAUAUCUUGAUGUAAUAAUGUGGCUAAGGACGAUAUGCGCGUCGACAUGCCCUAGGCGGAAAGCCUGCGCGAUUUGAAAGAAGCAAUAUGUUCAUGUACCAUGCAAUACCUUGUCCGACCCGUGCCACUAACCUCACAAAUGUCGAACUAUGCUCCUU